AUGGAGAAUAGAAGUAGUAGUGGAUCUAGUAGACCAUUUUCUGUCAAUAACCCUUUCAGAAAUGCCGCAAUUGAUUCGAGUAUUAAUCAAUAUAAAAAUGAUUCCCAAUUCCAAGAAUGGGCGAGAAACCAAAUAUGUACCAAUUCAUUUGACAUGCCGCAAUUAGACACUAGAACAUCCUCACAAUUAUCAUUUCCAAGUAUUCCCGAGGGUGAACGGCAACGAAAUGCUGAUCAGCAAGGUGCUUAUGCCGGUCUGGAGAGCUUUAGUACUGGUAGUUUAUCACCAUCUUCAAGGGCUAUUUCCUCAAAGAAUCCAUUUCUCGACGAUGUGAGUUCCACAAAUGAUAUUGUAAGAUCCCCUCCACCACCUUCCAAAAGUAAACAUCAUCCUACCGCUAAAGAAGAAAAAGAGCAAUUAAGGCAAAGAUAUCUGGAGGAAAGUGACGCAAAUGCAACAAGUAAGAAACAAGGAAACACUGAUUUGCCACCUUCAUAUGAAGAGAUCACUUCUACUGAUGGGUCAAGGAAAGCUUAUCCAAAGGAAAAAAGUUCUCGCUCUUCUUCUCAUCGUGAACAUAGUAACAGCGGCACACACGUUCCACGUAGAUCUUCAUCACAUCAUCACCGUGAAGCUUCCUCCUCUUCAACUCCUUCGAAGAAGGGAAAGAGAAAGAGUAAAGUUAUUAUACCUAAGAAUGUCGAUACUAUUGAUAAAUUAGAUGUAACUGGGUUGUUCGGCGGUUCAUUUCAUCAUGACGGUCCUUUCGAUGCAGUAACACCCCAUAGAAAUAAAAAUAACAAAGCUGCACCUGUUUUAGCUUUUCCGGCAGAUGGUCCAAAUAGUACUAUCGGCGGCGCUUCAACUAAAAAGUCUGCGUUGGAUGAAGUUUUUGGAAGAGAUGAUAUAGAUGAUUCUGAUAUAUAUCAAUACAGUCCGCAGAUUCUGAGGAGAGGCGGUGAUACGCAAGAUGCAAUAAAAGCAAACAUAGGUAACGUUCAACAAAUGGACGCUAAAAAUAAGACAGAAUUGGUUCAUGGGCCUAUUACUGCAGGUUUAGGCUCCAGUACUUUUUUGGAUGGAGCACCUGCUUCCUCAGCAGCUAUUAGAAACGAUAUAAAAUCACACUCAUACCAUAAUCGUAAUGGUGGCCUACAAAGAAACAAGUCCCUUUCUCAACGAUUAGGCCUUGGAGGAUCCAGUGAUAGUAAUGCCCCCAUGACAGGUGUUAGAAGAAAUUUGAGUUUGAGCAGAGACAGCUAUGAUGUUAGCCAUAAUAACGAAAGUGUUAGGAGGUCAAAAACUGUGAACUCCUCCAACAGAGCUCACCAAUCCAAUUAUGCCGCAGGCUUCGACGACCAUAACGGCGAUAAUCAGGACGAAGAAGACAUUUAUUUGGGCGUGCGCUACAAUGAGUCCAACAUGAAAAAGAAAUCGACGGGUAGUAAAUUACUUAACAGAGUUAAAAGUUUAAAAGUAGGAAGGAAAAGUCAGUAG